GACCAAAAAAAGAGCUUUUCCCCUUUUCCGUGCAGCAGGGGCUGAAAGUUGCUCCUGGCCAGCUGCAGGGGAUGCCCUGGGUGAAGCUCUCCCCGUGUUUGGUAGGAACGGGGAAAGCUGAUGGAGUUCUCUUUGGUUGGGAAACUUGUAAAGAAUAAUCCUUUUUAAUAGGAAUCCUGGUGAUUAGGGGCUAUAAGAGCGGCAAACAAACAGCCCUGGCUUUGCUGUGCUUCUCCUGGGCACUCUGUUUUGCAACUGGGAGCGUUGUGAAACCAGUUUCGAGUUGGCUUGGAAAUGCGUGUGACUGUAGCUGAGUUUGCCAGCAAGCCGCUUGGCUAAUUCACUCAUUUCCUUGGUUAGGUGGAAAAGAACGGCCCGCCCAAAUCCUUCCCUGCCCUGGGAGGCUCCUGCUCUCAGCUGGGGUCUCUGCAGCAUCCUGGUACCUGCAGCCCCCCCGUGCCCAGCAGGCAGCGUGCCCAACCUCCCGGGUUCCUGGAACAAAGAAAGGGAACAACCUGCCUUAUCUUGGUUGCAAAAUCUUGCUCACCUGACCAUUGAUCAGCGACUCUGCAGUGUGCUCAGUCACAGGAGAAGAGAGAUCUGAACCCAGGGGGCUGUGAAGAAGACAACUUUCCAGCUACUUUUGCCUCUGCAGCUUUUGUAAAGCUUCUGUGUUACUUAGUGUUCCUGGGUCUGCCUCCUCUCUCCCAAGAUGCUGAGAAGAGUCCUGUGUACCAUGUUGUUCAUGGGAGCCUUGCCAUCACCAGCUGAGAUGUCCCAGGGCCACAUCUCCGUGGUCUUGCUGGGAGCCACAGGUGACUUGGCCAAGAAGUAUUUGUGGCAGGGCCUAUUCCAGCUCUACAUGGACCAAGUGAGCAGUGGCCACAGCUUCACUUUCCACGGGGCUGCACUGACAGCUCUGGAACCAGGGCAGAAGCUGAUGUUUGACGUGCUGAAGAAGCUGGCCUGUCCCCGAGAUGAGGCUCCAGACAGGUGUGCUGUGCUGAAGGACCAAUUCUUGAAGCUGAGCCAAUACCACCAGCUGAAGACCGCCGAGAACUAUACUGUGCUCAACAGGGAGAUUGAGGUGCUGCUUCGCCAGGAGGGCCUGAAGGAGGCUGGAAGAAUCUUCUACUUCUCGGUACCACCGUUUGCCUACACGGAGAUCGCCCGCCACAUCAACAGCAGCUGCAGACCCCCUCCGGGCGCCUGGCUGCGUGUGGUGCUGGAGAAACCUUUUGGCCAUGACCUGGAGUCGGCCCAGCAGCUGGCCGCAGAGCUGACGAGCUUCUUCAGGGAAGAGGAGAUGUACCGGGUGGACCACUACCUGGGCAAGCAGGCUGUAGCCCAUAUCCUGCCUUUUCGAGACCAGAACCAGCAGUUUCUGGAUCCAAUCUGGAACCGACAUCAUGUGGAAAGAGUGGAGAUUGUCCUGAAGGAGACUGUGGAUGCUAAAGGCCGCACCAGCUUCUACGAGCAGUACGGAGUCAUUCGGGAUGUGCUGCAGAACCACCUCACCGAGGCCCUGAUGUUUCUGACCAUGGAGCUCCCAGCCAACCUGAGCAGGACCGAAGAAGUCUUGCGGUGCAAGCUGCAGGCCCUCCGGUCCUUGCAGGGCCUGGAGAAACACAGUGCUGUGUUAGGUCAGUAUCAGGCAUAUGCCAGCCACGUGCAGGAGGAACUGAAGAAGGGACAGGACUAUGUCAGCACAACACCAACCUUCGCAGGUGUGCUCGUUCAGAGUGACAGCCUGCGUUGGGAAGGGGUCCCUUUCCUCCUCACUUCUGGAAAAGCCCUGGAUGAACGGGUAGGUUACGUCCGUGUUCUCUUCAAGAACCGGGCCUACUGCACACAGAGCGAGACGCUGCGGGAUGCAGGGCACAGCCAGUGUAAAGCCAAGCAGAUCAUCUUCUACAUUGGACAUGGCGCACUCAACACCCCUGCAGUGCUUGUGAGCAGGAACCUUUUCAGGCCUGUCAUGCCAAAAAGCAGUUGGAGAGAAGUUGUGGGUCAGCCAGACCUGCAUGUUUUUGGACAACCGCUGUCUGAUUACUACGUGUACAGCCCUGUGAAGGAGAGAGAUGCUUAUUCUGUCCUUAUUUCCAACAUAUACCAUGGCAGGAAGGACUUCUUCAUCACCACUGAGAACUUGCUGGCCUCCUGGGCCUUCUGGACACCGCUGCUCAACAGCAUUUCUCACCAGCCCCCACGCCUCUACCCUGGUGGGGUGGAGAACCAGAACCUCUUGGACUUUGAAAUGGUGAGCGGGGAGCUGGCGUUCACAGCAGCAGAGCCGGUGGAACUGCUGAACCCUGACAGGUCGAUGCCAAGUGAUUUCAAGACAAUCCAGUCCAAAUUUCGGCAAAGCCCCCUGGUGUCAGCGUGGUCCGAGGACCUGAUUUCCCAGCUGGCUUCUGAUGUUGAGAAGGCAGCAAACAGGGCUGUGGCAGGCUCUGGGCAGUUCCACCUGGCCCUGUCCGGUGGCUCAAGCCCCGUGGCCCUAUUCCAGCGGCUGGCAAGACACCAUUAUGCCUUCCCGUGGAGGCACACCCACAUCUGGCUGGUGGAUGAGCGAUGCGUCCCGCUCACUGACCCGGAGUCCAACUUCUUCAGCCUGCACAACCACCUCCUGCAGAGCAUCAGGGUGCCCUACUUCAACGUCCACCCCAUGCCCGUGCACCUGAACCAGCGGCUCUGCGUGGAAGAGGAUGGAGGCACGGAGCUGUAUGCCAAGGAGAUCGCGGCCCUGGUGGCCAAUUCCAGCUUUGACCUGGUGCUGCUGGGGCUGGGCACUGACGGGCACACCGCCUCGCUCUUCCCGGACUCUGAAAACGGCCUGGAAGGGACUCGGGCCGUGGUGCUGACCGAAAGCCCCGUCAAACCUCACCAAAGGAUGAGCUUCAGCCUAUUCCUCAUCAACAAGGCCAGGCAGGUGUUCGUGCUGGUUGUGGGGAAGGGCAAGCACGAUAUCACCACCCAGAUCAGCAGGGUGGGCCGUCAGCCAAGGAAGUGGCCUAUCUCAGGUGUCAGCCCCAGCUCUGGCCAGCUGGUGUGGUAUGUGGAUUAUGAAGCUCUGCUUGGGUGAUGUCCUCCGUGUCCCUCCUCCCUCGUCUGCCUGGAUUUUCCUACACAAUGUCCAUGUUUUCCUGUUACCAGCAGCAGCUUCAUCUCUGACGGGCUCCUGUAACCUUCUGGGAAACGGGUGGCCUGUGGUGCCUCUGACACUUGAGCUCGGCUCAGUGUGCAGAGCUAAGCAGGAGCCCAGGCAGCAUUGCUGGCUCUGCCAGACUCUGACUGUGGCUUUGGACAUGUUACCUCACCUUGAAGUGCCUCAGUUUCCCCUCUCAGGACUUUAUGGUUAUUAACAUUGAACUACCUCGCAGGCACAAUGGGAGACUUGUUAAAUUAAGUACCUGCCA